GUCGAGACAGGGACGUUCUAGUGAACUCAACCACUCCGCUUCUAACGAACAGAGAGUGUGAGCUUCUGUCUUAAAAGACGUGCUACUUGCUAUGGGCAACUACGAGAAAGAUAACCAUUGAAUGGAAAAGAAAGAAAGAACCUGAGACGAAACUUGUUCUGUCCUCGUCGGGUAUCACUCACCACCCUCUCAAACCAGCUCAGUCAUCGGCUGAGGCGUAAACAGUCUACAUGAGUAGCUAUAUGGGACAGUAAAUAAAGUUUGGAUAUUGGUUGCAAAUAUUCUCUGAAAAACGAUGACUUCAAAUGUCUCAUGUCGAACCAAUUCUGUGGCAUGCGAAAGAAGCGGGCACACGGCUGUGGUGUCUGAAAAUGUCUUAUUUGUUUGGGGAGGCUAUGUGUGACCCCUACGGGCCUCCGUAGUUUUGCCUGUGAACAUCUAUAUCCACAAUCUAGCACAAUUAACAACAAAAAAUAAACCAUGGGACAUUCAGUCAGUUGCUGAUCAUGAAGUUUUCCUACCAAGUGAUGAGAUAUGGCUGUAUGACUUGGAAAGUGGUUUAUGGAAAAAGUUUGACAUGGUUGGAGAAAUCCCUCCUUCCAUGUCAGGGUCUUGUGGCUGCAUUCUGAAUGGACACAUGUAUAUAUUUGGAGGAUGUGGAGAUGACGGUCAGACCAAUGAGCACUAUUCGGUGAAUCUCCAUGAUGAGAAGUAUUCCUGGAAAAAGAUAAGACAUCACUCAGGAUCACUUCCCACUCCACGAGACAAGCUUUCCUGUUGGGUUCACAAAAGCAGCAUUAUUUAUUUCGGUGGAUAUGGUCACAAGCUGCUCAGGGCAAUCGAUAACCCCAGGACCUUCAUUGUGGAUGAGGCAUCUUGGGUAGAAGACGUCUAUUGGGGGUGGAACAAUGAAGUUCAUGUGUUUGAUUCCAGAGCAAAAAGUUGGAAUAAACCAAAAACAUUUGGACAAGCCCCUGCACCAAGAGCUGCGCAUGCCAGUGCCACCAUAGGCAACAAAGGGUAUGUCUUUGGUGGAAGAAAAAUGGAGACGAGAACAAGUGACAUUCAUUGUCUGGAUCUGGACUCAUGGACUUGGACUGAAAUUGUACCUACAACCACAGUGCCUUUGGGGCGUUCAUGGCAUACUCUAACAGCGGUGUCGGAUACCUCACUCUUUCUGUUUGGUGGACUUAGCGUGGACUCUAGACCCAUGAGUGAUGGUUGGAUGUUCGAUCUGAAAACAAAAGGAUGGACAGAGAUGAAACAUUCAAACAUGGACAAACCCCGACUGUGGCACACAGCUUGCCUGGGAAGGGACUCUGAUGUUAUAGUGUUUGGAGGAAGUCAUGAUGAUAUAAUUUUGAUGGACAGUGGACAUUGUAAUGAUGCUCUUGUUUUCCAGACCCAGCCUUACUCCCUUGUAUGGUUAUGUAUUGACUUCAUUGCAAGCAAUGCAAAAAUGUUCCAGACCCAGUUGGCAUGUUUACCACCCAGGCUGAGACAGGCUGUGGAAAAAAGGAUGACUUUUUUUCAACCAACAAGAAAUUCACAGAGAGUUUUGAGAACUAUGGAGUAAACUUCUAUGGAUAUAUACGCAUUGGUAUAAUGUCUAUGGUGCUGCCAUAUCAGCUGCUUAAUCAGUAUUUCUGUGUUCUUUACUAUCACAGAGCAAAAAGUAUUAGAAAACAUUUUAAUUGAUGCUGUAUUUCAUUUUGUUUUUUUUUCCUCUGGGAUGUGUAGAUUAAAUACAACUUUAUUAUGGAUUUCAGUACUUUUUCAUUUAACUUUUGAGUGUGUUCAGUAAGCACAGGAAUGUAGUAUAGUUUUAUGAAUGCAAAAGUGUUUUAUUCUGCUGAAGAAAUGCUGGAUUGUUAAUGAGCUUAGCAAGAGAAAUGACAGCUCUGACGUGUGAAGUCAAAGAAAAGACAAAGAGGAUAAAUAAAAAACUAUGUUCAGCAUAAAUCCCUAAAUGUCAUACUGCCAGCUGUGUGGUAUAUGUCAGAUAUGUCAAUAUUUUAAUGACAUUCUUAUCUACAAAAAUGUCCAAUAAAUAUCCAUAAUUGA